AUGAACUUCAUCCAAGAAUCACGAAUUAAAGAGAUAAAACUUCUUUCAAGAAUUACAAAGAAACUCGACUUCUUGAUGGGAUUGAGUUUCUUCCAAGAAUCACGAUCAAUUGACAGAUCGAUUGAUUUUUUCAAAGGAUCUCAGCCACUUGAAGGGAUUGAACUUUCAAGGAUAGUGACCGGUCGAUUGAUGUUGACCACUUUAUGGGAAUGA